CAGCGUGUAAUAAACUCUCAAAAGGGAUGCGCGAUAGGACUGUUCAAAUGUUUUAUGUAUUUAUAUCAGAGCCAGCGCAGCAGAAUAACACACAUUUUGAUUUCCUUUGAAUCUCGCCGAGGACUGUAAAUGAAAACGUGUAUACUUUACACAGCACGUCAUACUUCGUUAUAACUUAUUUUAAUUUAAUUUAGUAUAAAUGUGAAGAUAGUUAAUCAUACACAUCAGUGUUAGAAAGAGAAUGCAGAGUCUCGUUGUAUCGCUGUUGCUAGUUGCCGAAGCGCUGGGCUCCCUGCUCCCGGAGAUGGACGCUGAUUUCGGGAUGCGAGUUUUCCGAGAGGCGCUCCGCUCUCCGUCCUCGGAGAGGAACCUGGUGUUUUCCCCGUACGGAGUGUCCACCGUGAUGGGCAUGGUGCAGCUGGGAGCCGCGGGACAGACGUACGCGCAGGUCCGCGAUGCUAUGGGAUACGCCGUCCAGGGUCGCGGAGUACCGCAGACUCUGCGGAAGAUCCACGCGUCGCUGUCCGGCGAGGACGCCCUGCAGACGGCGAGCGCCGCCUUCGUGGACCGCAUGCUGUCUCUGGAGAAGCCGUUCCGCCGCGGUCUGGCCAAGGUCUUCCAACAGAGCCCCAAACAAGUCGAUUUCACGGACACGCCGACCGCCACGGCCGUGGUGAACCAUUGGGUCUCAGACAACACCAUGGGUAUGCUACCUCACUUCCUGUCCUCAGACGCCCUGUCCUCUGAGACCCGCCUCCUGCUGCUCAACGCAAUUCACUUCCAGGGCAAGUGGAAGGUGCCCUUUGACCCCCAGGACACUCGCCAGCGGCUGUUCCACUGCGCCAACGGCAGCUCCGUGCUUGUACCCAUGAUGCAACAGACCGCUCGCUUCGAGUACGGCGAGUUCAUGACCCCGGACGGCGUGGACUAUGACGUCAUCGAGCUGCCGUACCAGGGGGACACGCUUAGCAUGCUCCUGGUGUCCCCCUUCGAGAAGGACGUCCCCCUGUCCGCUCUCACUCCGGGGCUGAACGGGGCACUGCUGAGGGAGUGGAGGAGAGGCCUGAGGAGAGUCAGCAGACAGCUAGUACUGCCCAGGUUCUCCAUCGAGACAGAGAGUGAGCUCAACGGGGCGCUUGCGGGACUGGGCAUGAGGGACAUGUUCAACCAGCAGAGAGCUGACUUCACUAGAGUCACCAUGGAGGAGCCCCUGUUUGUGUCGAAGGUUCUUCAGAAGGUGAAGAUCGAGGUGGAUGAGGAAGGAACCAAGGGCUCUGCAGUGACCGCUGCGAUCCUGUUCUCUCGCAUGGCAGUUUUAGAGAUCACUCUUGACAGACCCUUCCUGUUCCUGGUGCAGCACAAACCCACAGGUGCUGUUUUGUUUAUGGGUCAAGUCAUGGAGCCGGCUGGGAAGUGACCUGCAGACCCGAAACCAAAGAGUGAAAGCAGACCAGAAAAAUAAUAAUAAUAAUAUAUACACCUGAGCAAUGUGUAGAGAAAUUACAAAGAAAUGCAAUAUAUAUUUUAUUGAAACAAAGGAAUGUUUUUUUGGGAGGGAUGAGUUUACAAUUAUUAAUAUUUGUAUUAUUAUUAUUAUGAAUAAUAUGUUGUAGGGGACCCUACAAAACCUGUCACUGUAGAUCCUACAAUGGCAAUGCAAUAAUGCUACUGUUACAAAGGGGGCGAGGCUGCUAGAAUGGGACCACAGAGUGCUAACUAUACCCUUCCCAGAGGCACUGCCACAGUUCUGUAUGACACUGAGGGGCAGUGCUGGCACACGUAUAGGGCAGCUACAACGGGGUGAGGCUGGUAGAACAGGGACCGCAGAAAAAUGAUUUGCAAAAACCCCACGCUGUGUUUGGAGGAUAACUGCAGCCUGGAUUCAAUCAAAAUGAUGGCGGUGCCAUACUGGAGAGCUUUAGAAAGCUCAGCUAUGGCAGCGUCGUGCAGUCUGAUUGAAUUCAGAGCUCUACUGCACUGAGAGAGAGAGGUCCUGCUGGAACUGUUCAUGCACUGUGUUCUGCAAUGUCUACAUUCAGACUGUGUCUCUAAUCCAAGUUAUUCCAACUUUGUGUCCAGAUUUGUGUUGUUUUGUUUGGUUUGUGUCUUGCUGUGUGUGUGUGUGGUUCAUGUGUUUGUUUGCGAGGUUGUUGUGUAGCAGUUAGAUAUUUGAUCAGGGAUUAUUACAAUGGAAAACUGUUGUGUUUUUGGCUUUGUGAUUAAAAAUGUUUGAAAGAUGA